ACCCUGCUCACAUCAGAACACACUCGCCACCAGCAUGGAAGGCUCCGCAUUAGUGCUGGCGCACCGAGCUCCACUAAAUGUCAAAUCAAGCAGCAAUUUCACGCACGUCUGACGUCAACAAGGGCGAAGGAAGGAAAAUAAACUUCGCGCACACUUCGGGAGAAACCAUUAUCGCCAACGCCGUUUUUUUUCUCCUUCCGCGUAGAGAGGAGGAGAGCCCGCUGAUAUAGGCAUGCUCAGCUGAAGCGUCCUGCAGCCUCUGACGCUGGGCGCAGGCGAACUGCGACGGCCGCGCCAAACGAGCACCAGUGAUGGCCUCUGCUGAGCAGCUGUGUCCCCGCCUGCUGCACCAGCACUGCCCAUAGGCCACACACACAUACACACACACACUUACACACGCCUUUGGGCUCCCUUUCCAGCUCUGUUCAUACACACACACACACAUCAUGUACAGUGUGGAGGACCUGCUGAUCUCUCAUGGAUACAAACUGCCCAGGAGCGGCCCUGCCUCCUCCUCUUCCUCUGCGCCUUAUGACAAUCGAAACAACGAAUGUCGCCGUGACAACGUAGAGAACCGGCCUGCUGGUGGUGGUGGUGGUGGUGGCGGUGGUGGUGGUACUCUGAAUGGAUUUGGGACAACAGAAGGGGGAGCGGAAGCGGGCACGGGGGUCUACAGACCGGCACCGGUGAAGGCUUAUCCGGAGAACAACAACAACAUUAAUGAGGGCCAUGAAAGAAUUCAACGGAGAUUGGAGGUUCCUGUUGCUUUCCUUGGUGACCUGCAACCUUUGGGUGACUCUUUAGCUACAGAUAGUGGGUUUUAUGAUGCUCCCAGCCUGACAUUCUCUGAACAUGCAGAUGAGCGAGAUAUUUCGUUCUGGAGAAGGAGGGGACAGGACUUCAGUGCUCUAUUGGACUAUGCUGAUCCCAGGGAGCUCAGAGUUUCUGGAGGAUUAUGGCGAGGUCCAGUGUUAGCUGUUGAGGAGUUGAGAGCUGAGAGGCCACUGGCACGCUGGGAGGAAGGCCCAUGGAUACGAGAACCAAUAGACUCAGGCCCAGAGACUUUACGUGUGACUGGAGAGAGAAAAUGCCAGAGCCUGGGCACAGAGGAGUGGCGCCCUGCAGUGGGCUUGGGCCGGCAACUGUCAGAUGGGGAGGCUGAACAUUGGUCUCAGGAGCAGCAACACCGCCUGCGACCAGCAGAGGGCAUUGUGUCUGCCACAGUGCGAGCUAAAUCCCAGUCUCUCCCUAGAGUCCUUUCCCCUGAGGAUCCUCACUAUGGAGAUCUGCCUCAAACUGGUGCCCCAAAUCAGCCCCCUAUACAAAGAAGCAACAGCUCUGCUCCAUACGGUCGAUACCACAGUGAAUGGCAAGCAGGGGAGAGGUGGAGUGGUCAGACACAAAGUCAUGCUCCUUCUGCAGUUGUACCAAAGCCACGGUUCAGCCGCCCCGUUAAGCCCCCAUCUUAUGAGACUCACCAGCAAAACAGGGGGAGCUGGGAAACGUUGUCCUCUGAACCUGUGUCCAAACCCAGAGACCGCUCAGUGUGCUUCUCUCAGAGUUUUGAACCACUCAGAGACCGGUCUGGUUGUUAUUCUCAGAGUGCAGAGCCUUUAAGAGAUCGGUCCAUUUGCUUUUCACAGAGUGCAGAGCCAAUUCGAGACCGCUUGGUGAGUCACUCUCAAAGUGCUGAACCACUAAGAGACAGAUUUGUCAGUCAUUCUCAGAGUGCAGAACUACUGCGCGACCGUUUUUUCAGCCACUCGCAUAGUGCCGAUCUGUUAAGGGACCGAUCCCUUUGUUACUCUCAGAGCUCAGAACUGCUACGAGACCGGUCCAUUUGUUACUCCCAAAGUGCAGAGCUCCUGAGACCAGAAGCAUAUAGGGCAGAUCUGUUUUACCAUGAACUGACUGGCAUGGAGCCCCCUGGUUACAUCCCACCUCCCUCCUACAGGAGAUUCCUGCCACCCAGGAGUGGACAGAACUACAGAGCAGAUUCCGCUCUUGUCCGAUGGAAACGCGAGCCUGUGAGUGCAGAGAUGGGUCAGUGGUUUUCCAGGACUUCAGGAUUGUCGUGGUCAGAACGGCGUGAAGACAGGAGCAUGGCAGUAGUUCCGAGAAGGCCUGUGCAUCCAGGGCCUGUCGUACCUAGCCGUCCAGGACUCGUGCAGUAUGUCCCAUUUGAUGACCCGCGCAUCAGGCAUGUCUCAGGGGGGCCCUGUGGAAACUCGCUCACAGACGCGGACAAGAUCCGACACGUCAACAAAGAGCUUCCCUGCGCUGCAACUUUAGGACAAUCCACACAUGAUAGUGCCUUUCUCCCUUCACAGGGACUGAGUCUUAGCACGGACACUAACAAACCGGCUCUCACUGAACAGGAGAAUACUAACCGCUGGCACAAGGGGAUGAACAAGGGCAGUGAAACUGUAGCAUCUGACCAGAGCUGUGCCAAGUACCCCAUUGCGUUUCAGCCCAGACCCCUGCAACCAAUCAUUAAAACAGACAGAAGUACAGACCAGCAAAUUAGAGCUGACAGAGUCACUGACCAAGUCAAGGUUGAGAGAGUAACAGAGCCGGUCAAAGUGGAAAGAGGUGCUGAGCAGACAAGAACAGAUCAAAUCAAAGUAACAGAGCAAGUGAAAACAGAUCGAGUUACAGACCUAAUCAAAUUAGAUAAGCCUACAGAUCAAGUAAAGCCAGACAGGUUUACAGACAAACAAAUAAAGGUGGAAAGAUUAACAGACCAGAUACAGGUAGAUAGGACCCCAGAUCAGGUCAAGGCUGACAGAUAUACAGACAAACAAAUUAAGCCUGAAGUCAAAGCAGAGAAAAUCCCUGAAAAGCCCAUAAAAGCAGAUAGAAUUUCGGACAAGCAAAGUAAAGCUGAAAGACUCUUGGAGAAGCACUUGAAGAUUGAUAGAAUUUUAGAAAAACAACUUAAAGCAGAUAAAAUGUUAGAAAAACAGUGUAAAUCUGAUAAAUUCACUGACAAGUUGAUUAAGGCUGACAAGCAGGCAAAAGGAGACAGCAAUACAGACCAGACAAAAGCUGAGAAAAUCACUGACAAGUCUGGUAAGGCUGACAAAUCCAUGGAUAAAGGUUCCUCAGAGAGUGUGUCAACUGUAAAGACGGAACCAGUCCAGGAACCCGAGAAAAAGAGCGUGAAAAAGAAACUUAGUGAGACUAUAUUCUGCCUCGUGUCUGUGCCACUUUCGCAGUCCAGUGCAAAAUCUCGAGAUCAAAACAACAACGAAGAGAAAGAACCAGACUCUCCUCCAAUUCCUCCUCCUCCUCCACCAAGCUCCUCCAGCGAAAACAGCAACACCCUUGGCUCCCUGCCAAACCAAAGCCUCAAAAGCACAUCCACCACCUCCACUGACUUGGAGCUACAAGCACUCACACUUGGCAGUGGGACCAGUAGCAUAGCCACAAGGAGAGCUCAUCGCAGAAGGAACUCACGCUCUAGGAUCAUUAAGCCAAAUCCACAUGAUGAGCUUCGAAGGUACUCUGGGGCUUGGCCAGGGGACCAGUACCGUGACCAGGAGACCCAAACGAGCCCUGAGCCCACAAAGAGCAAUGCAAAUCCAGGUCCCGCCAAUACAGAAGCACAAGAUGCUCCUGCUGCCCCAGAGGUAACAGCUACUGCUGAGACUACAUCAGUGGCUCCAGGGGCUGCCCCAGGGGCUCUUGGGGCUUUGACGGCUCCAUCAGUUCCAUCAGUGCCACCAGUUCCCCCGACUCCAGCAGCUCCACCAACUUCAGGAGGUCCUGACUCCAGCACCCCUUACGGGUAUCCCAUGAAGGGCCAGAAAAGUCUAAAACCAUCCAGCAACAGUGCUUUUUCACGGACAGGUACCUUCUCCAAGAGCACAGGUUCUCACAGACCUCCAUUACAUCCCCCGCCACACCCUCCACCCCCACCUCCAACCCAACCUCCAUCUCAACCUCCACCCCCGCCACCAACACAGCCCCCGGCUCAGUCCCCACCAUCAGAUCUGACUGAAGAGGCAAAGUCAGCCUCAGGGCCAAACCCUGAGGCCUUUGGCCAGUUCCUGCUGAAGCCAGUGAGCCGACGACCAUGGGAUGCCAUUGAGGAGCUUGAGACCAUCAAUAAAGAGGCCCAAGACCAAGCAAGUAAACGCCCCAGUGUAGACCAGUGCAUUGAGGAUCUUAAUGAGGCCUACAAAGAUAUCCUGGAGCUCAGCACUGCCAGCAAUAACCUUCCCAACCGUUCCUCCAUGCAAAUCCCUGACCGCAUCAAAUCGAGGCUAUCUUCAGAUUCAAUUGGAAUUCCUGCAACCACUCUUCGGCCAAGCUUGGUGCCUGGAAGCGACCCAGAAUACCGGGAGGUGAAAAGUGCCUUUUCCCGACCAUCAACUGGGAAGAGUGUGAGCUUCAGCAAACAGCUAAGAGAGGAGAUUUGUCCUGCUCCUCCCCCACCAGAACCAGGUUUCAGAGAUUACAAAACAGUCAUGUCCCAGAUAACCCAACGCAAAGCCUGCAGAUCAGUGAAGCUGGACAUCCCAGCCCCCAAAGAGACCCAAAGAGAUGACGAUUUGACUGCACAAACCUCCUCCACCUCUUCCAUGGCAGCCGAGGUCCCAUGGGCUGACAGACAGCCCAUGCAAGAUGCCUCCACUCUAACCAGCCCCCCAGACUACGAGCACAUCUGUCAAACUCUCCAAAUGGCCCGAGAAUCUGGGGCCGUUAGCCGAGCUUCUGUCAAAUCCAAACCAGGAAGUGCAAUGAGCAUCGAAACCCCACAGCAUGUGCCCAUACCUAGUAGGCCUCCCGUAGAUUCUGAACAGCCAUGUUGUUCUUCAGCAUUAGAAGUGAGACAGGAGCCAGUCUCAUUAUUCAGGGAGGAAAGAAGCUCAGGCUUUAGGAGGGUAACAAGCCACAAUAACAGGUUCCUUAAUAACAGGGGUGUGCUCUGUAGCCUCGCAACCGGAAAGCCGGUUGGUGACAAAGCAGGUUUAGAGGCCAACCCAGAGGUUCCUGCUGACUGGCAGAUGCAGCUUUCAUUAGCUGAAAAGCAUAUUGCUACUCUGAUUACAGGAGAGGGUUCAGCAGUAGACCUUGAUGAGUCAAACAAGGAUAAAGGUGAUACAGAUAUUACUGGCAUUGAGUCAGCUGAGAAUGAAGUGAACAACAUUUUAGCCACUGAAAUGAAAGACGAUCCUGCCAAUACUGAGCAGAAUCAUUCAGAAGUAAAAGAGACAGAAACAGAGCAAACGGAGACACCUAAAAGCCAACAACCUGAAGUGACAGAGAAAGUGACAGAAGAGGACACUUCUAGGGAAAAGACAGAAACAGAGCAGGAGAAAUGUGAGCUGAAAGACCCUGUUACUGAAGAAACAGAGCAAAAGAACGAUACAGCCUCAGAGGCAAAGAAAGAACCGAAUGUGAUCUUGAGGGCAAAUAAGGCUGCAAUGUGGACUCAUUCAGGUUUGGAUUCAGAGCUACGUCCUGAAUUUCCACCGGAUCACCUUCCCCUUUCUGUGCUACCUUACCCUAAUCGUAGAUUGUCUCUAGGGUUAGAUUGGGAGAGAGCUGGGUGGGAAGGGGAAAGUUUGGGCCAAGGUGGAUUCUGGUCAAGAGAGAGACGGUCUCUUGAUGCUGAAAGAUGGGGUAUUGGUGGGGAGAGGUGGGGUUUAGACAAUGAUAGACAGGAAGGAGGUGGUGAAAAACGGGGUCUGGGGGGUUGGCGUGGGUGUGGGAUUGAUGGGCAAGGCACAGAUGAUUCAGACUGGGAGUUAGAUAAAAAUACCCAAGACACUGGUGACAAAGAGGCAGAUUCUGACACAAAACAAAAAACACUUAAGCAUGAACAGGGUCUCGGUGAAGAUCAGAGCAGUCUAGCCUCUAGCACUGACAAAGUGGAGCAUACACAAGUUGCUGCUGGCGAAGGCAUUGAUAAGGGCCAGAGUCAAGGUCCAGAUGAAGGUCAGGUUUCAAGUGUAGAUAGACGGAGCCGUGGACUUUCCCAAAGAAUAGAGGCUCUUUUUACAGCCCCACCCGGGCAUGGCUCAGAGGAGAGACUUGCCCGCAUGAGGGAGGUGGACACUGUCUCACGAAUGAGACGCCUUAGCCUCCGUAGCUCAGACUCUUGGGAUGGACUGCAGGGAGUGGGAAGGUGGGGAGAUUGUGGAAGGGAGGAAGAAUGCCCCCUUCCUGACUCGCAGGAUUCUUCAAACAUCACAAAAUUAGAGGAUAAAGAAGGCAGCACCCUCCCUGCAGUCACCAGUGAACCUAAAGAAACAAAAGAUCAGGCAACCCUAAAAGAGUCACAGGAGCCCAGCCAGGUGGAGAGGUCGUAGCUGAACCCUAGAGGUCAGAGGUCAUCCAACUAAGGGCCAGCCUCCAGCACUGUGACCUGGCUGUCUGCUAAAUGCCUUCAUCCUCAUAUGCUAUUGAAACAUCCUCAGACAUUGACACACACACAAACACACACACACAACAUUAGACACUGAGCGAUGCGUCUCUCUAAUACAUGUCUGUGCAUUAACAUACACAAACUGACACACAAACACUCAAAGUCAUCGUCAUGUAUACAGACACUCACGUGCAUUCAGAACACAUUUAAACACCUCACCACACUGAGACAUCUGAAAUGGCCUUCUACUCCGACAAGAGCAUUGUGUAUCAACUCCACUCCACGCCCACUCAGUUCCAGCUUUGCUGGCUUUCUAAGUGUUGCUGUUCCACUGCCAGAAGGAGGUUCCCAACUAUGCCCCACCCCCUUCAUAUGUUACGGUUCUCAUCAUAGCCCAUUUCUCACAAAUCCUCAUCAUUCUUCUGUCCUUGCAUAAAAGAUUGGUUUAUUGGACCUUGUCUGGUGUGUUACUCAGCAACAAUGAAAAUGUUGUUGUGUAACCAAAAAAAACAAAAACAAAAAAACAAGUCACCGUCUUUUGUAAAGAAAAAAGUAUUGACUGUUCAAAAAGUAUGACAGAACAAUCAGUGAAUUUUAAAACCAGCUACAAUCUCUUAUACCCCUUGCAAACAACCUAUCUUCUUCACAACCAUUUCCUUCCUCGCAUCUUAGCAUGCUCCAUCAAUCUGUUUUUUCAAAGACCCUUCUCACUAACCCUUUACUACACUAACCUUGUGUACAUCUCAUUCUUUUUUUCGUCAUCUAGACAGUGUUAUCUCUGCGCACCAAUGUUUGCUAAUAACUUGCAAUAUAGCUAUUUGUUUAUGUCUUCAUCACACUUACAAUAUCAUCCCGCCAGUAUUAACAACGUCUUGUCUCUGUAUUCAAGGUCUUUUGCUACACUUUUUAAUUACUGACUACAACCAUUCUUUAUUUAUUGAGUUAACAACAUCCCCCAACUCACUGGUAUCAUGUAUCAAGAUGCUAGAAUGUGUUUGUAUCUUAGCACUCUUGCUGAACUGCACUGCUUUAAUUUCUGACUUUAAAGAGUUAGUUCACCCAAAAAUGAAAACUAAGUCAUCAAUUACUCACCCUCAUGUCAUUCC